AAUGAAAAAGUGUGUUAUUGUGAUAAGAAAGCUUUGUAAACUUUGGCGGAAAAAAUUUCACUUCUGAGUUCUCAGAUCUCAGAAUAAAAUGAAUAAAUAAUCUUGGUAAUUCGUUGACCGAUGAAAUGAAAUUUACACGUUGAAGACAUGAUUCUAUCGAAAUAAUUUGCAUGUAACAGCUCCAGCAAUGCAGAUACUCUUUGAACGCUAGUUCUAGAUGCUAUUUCAACAUUGGAUAUUCACCAGGACCCAGAGAAGGCAGCAUAAUGGCAGAUAUUAACGUUGCUGUGUUCAUCGAAUCUCCAUACGUAAAAUCUUUCCUGUUUGAAUGCAGCAAGUAUUGGGCCUCCGAAGGUGACCGCGUAUGUUACAUUUCCAACGUCGAACAACAAGACUUACCUCCUCAUAUUCAAGGAGCAAGCACCAACUCAGAUAUGUACCUCGAAUUCGUGAAUAUUUCUUUCGUAACUGCGCCGAAUGCUGAAAGUCUGAUGAAUUUCUUAAUAAACUUACAAAAAUCUCCUCAUGUUCCUAGAGUACUAGUCGUGGAAGAUAUUACCGGAUACAUGAGUACGUCCGAUUCAACGGAGCAAAAUUUUCUCUUGCUGUGCGCAUUAUUGAAACAUAUUUCUGUAACGUGUUCUAAAUUUCACAAAAGUUCUGUAUUUUUAAUAUUAUCCAUGAAGUUCGUACCGGAAAAAUUGAACGUCAUUAAUUUUAUUUUAAAUCCUGGUAAAAUUUGGAAAACUGUAUCAGGUCCUUGUGAUAAUAGUAAUAGCGACGUAAAACAUUUCACUUUACAAGAGAUCUCAACUAAUCCUUUGAAUAAUACUAGUAGAACUUUGGAAUUUUCGUUGAUUAAAAAGACUGAAGAUCAACUUUUACGCCUCAAUAAUAUUAAAGAUUUAUUCGAGGAAAGUUGUAAUUUUAAUAAUAAAAUAUUUUAGCAUUGUCGUAUAAA